CACGGAUGUAGGGACAGCGGGCGCUGUCGAGUGUUCCAAACCAAAACCCUGGGACUGUAAGCAUGUCGUGGUCCUGGCUCAGCAAAUGCAGUUCAGGUGUUGACCGUAUUCCAGAGAGAUGCGGUAUUUGGUUAUCAUUCGUUGGAGGUCAAGUAUAGAUAGGGUAUUUCGUUUUUUUUUUUAGGCGUACUUUAAAUGAAUCAAGGAUCAAUGUGGGUAUGGAUAUCGUCUCCUCUCCCGACAAUAUAUCGUUUCCGCAUUCCCGCAGCCAUCGGUAUUGUGUCCCUGAUUAAUCGCAACACAAAACCGGUUUCUCCUGAUUGUCAGCCUAACUAUCGCUGAUGCUGCACUAUGUUUGUUGAAAAGGGAGAUCGAAGACGUCUCGAAACUGUAGGCUAAUAGGCCUCUGGCGUUCCUAAAUAGGCACAUUUAUUUUCGCGUCGUAUUUGUCGCGGUUCCCUUCAAAAACCUGGGAUACCUCGGCGUUGCUAUUGGUUUGGGAUGGAGGGUUGUUGUCGUUGUUGCAUGCCAUGUUGUAGUCGGCUGUGGAACUGGAUAUGGCCCGAAUUCCAUUACCCAAAUAUCACCCGACCAGCCGAAAUCCCCACUAUUUCAGGUGAUAUCCGUGCUCCUUCCCCCAAGAAGAAACCGACUCAGCUCUAUGCGGCUCUGUUCGAUUUCGAAGCCCGGAGCGAGGAGGAGCUGACUAUCAAGGAAGGGGACAAGCUGUCGGUAAUAGAAAAGAGGGGGGAUUAUGUGCUUGCCAAGAAACUUACCGGUUCGAUGGAGUCCGGACUGGUCCCYGCUACUUAUGUGGCCAUUUUACAGGACGAGUUUGCUAAUCACAAGUGGUACUAUGGGAACAUUAACCGGGUGAAGGCUGAGAAACUGCUCCUGGCCUCUCAGAAUAAGGAUGGCUCGUUCCUGGUGCGCAUCAGCGAGAGCCACAGCGAUGAAUACACCAUCUCAGGCAGAAACAGUGGGAAAGUCUUCCAUUUCCGAAUCCAGCGUUCAUUGAUUGGGGCAUACUUUGUGUCGGACAAGAUUUCCUUUGCCACUCUGGAGGAGUUGAUCCGAUACUACCAGAACAACUCCAGGAGUCUAGGAGUGCCUCUGGAUGAGCCAUGUGCACAGCAGAGAGAGCUGUUUGACAUGGAGCCUUGGGAGUGUCCUCGGGAGGAGUUUAAACUGCACGUGAAGCUGGGGGAGGGCCACUUUGGAGAGGUGUGGGAGGCCCUGUGGACCAGCCAGAAAAAAAGGGUGGCCAUCAAGAUGCUUAAACAAGAGGACACUAAGCUGGAUGAGUUUGUGAAGGAGAUCCAGGCCCUGAAGAACCUCCACCACCCCAAGCUCAUCCAGCUGUUGGCCCUGUGUUCCAGAGGAGAGCCUGUCUACAUAGUCACUGAGCUCAUGACCAAGGGCAGCCUCAAGUCCUAUCUGGGCACGCCGGAGGGUCAGMUGCUAACCUCUGCCCACCUCAUCUACAUGGGCAGCCAGGUUGGUGAGGGCAUGGCCUACCUGGAGGACCGACACAUUGUGCACCGGGACCUGGCGGCCAGGAACAUCCUGGUGGGAGAUGACCUGGUCUGUAAGGUGGCUGACUUUGGCCUGGCACGGAUCAUUAAGGACAGUGUGUACACGGCCAGUAGAACCACUAAGAUCCCAGUGAGAUGGACAGCCCCUGAGGCUGCUCUCUAUCAGCGCUUCUCCGUCAAGUCUGACGUCUGGUCCUUCGGUGUGCUGCUCUACGAGAUGAUGUCACGAGGAAAGAUGCCAUACGACGGGAAGAGCAAUACGGAGGUGCUGGAGCUCCUGUCGACAGGCUACAGGUUGCCCUCUCCCAGUAGGUGUCCCCCCAACAUCUAUCGCAUCAUGUUGGAUUGCUGGAAUGCCGAGGCCUCCAAGCGGCCCUCCUUCCACGCCCUGCACAGCCAGCUAGACACCAUCUACACCCGCAUCUACUUCAAGACCAUUGAGGUCUAGAGCUGAAGGAGGAGGCCAAGGUGUGACUGCACUGACAUAGACACUACAAAGCAGAGGGGACUGCAAGACAUUGUCUGAAAUGGUGAUCCUUUUUUUAACAGGCUGUAGUCUAUUUUGCCGGUUCUCUUGGUGGUUUUUAAAUCAAGGUUAUGUGCAAUAUAAAGCUCUUCCUGGAGGAGGGCAGGAGAAGUGGGGCCACUGUUAAAGCCCACGGAUGCCCGUAUGCCCCACUGCACACAGGCCAAAUGACCAGUCCUACAGAGAGUGCCUAUACACUGACUAUACAAAACAUUAGGAACUCCAGCUCUUUCAAUGACAUAGACUGACRAGGUGAAAGCUAUGAUCCCUGAUAUCACCUGUUUAAAGCUACUUCAAUCAGUAUAGAUAAAGGGGAGGACACAGUUUUAAGAAUGAUCUUUAAGCCUUGAGACAAUUGAGACAUGGAUUGUGUAUGUGGGAUUAAGGCAGCCCUUCGCUCCUUUCUGAUUUAGGGAGGUUGGGUUAAAUGCGGAAGACACAUUUCAUUUGAAUGCAUUCAUUUGUACAACUGACUAGGUAUCCCCCUUU